AUCUGGCCAUGAAAUCCUUGAUGGGACCUUUUUCAAAUGAUGGAGAGGAACACCUGAAAGACCUGGCCACACGAGUACGAGUCUACAAGACCGCAUUCUCAGCAUGGGAAACUCUCCACCAGAUCUCUUUGGAAGGCGUCACAAGGCACCAAAACGUCGUACAACUUUUACGAGAAACUCAAGACUCGGUGCAAAAUGUCAACGCCGCAAUCCAGAGCUACGACAACUUUCGCUCAUUCAUUGGUGUUCUCGGAUCCAGACUGUUUCCCGGCACAAAGUUGUUGGGGGAUCAUUUGGCGCUACAUGCAGGCUUCCAGAAGGCAGGCAAGGGCAUGGUGUUGACAUUCAAUGAAGAUCAAACCUAUAUGGUAAUGACAUCGAUCCGGUCAUUGCGAAAGUUGGGCUCUACCAUGCCUGUAGAGGUAAUGUAUUAUGGCGAAGGGGACCUCGGACAAGAGUACAGAGAGAUGCUAGAGGAAAUAUCCGGUGUGGUCACUCGUGAUAUGAGUAUGAUGAUUGACGACGCGGGCUGGGCAUUGAGAGGCUGGGCAUUAAAGCCAUGGGCAAUGCUCAUGUCCUCAUUCCAAGAAGUCCUCUUCAUGGAUGCCGAUGUAUUAUUCUUUACCAACCCAGAGGUCCUAUUCGAGGAUCCACAAUACCUAGAAACUGGAGCACUCUUCUUCAAAGACCGCAAUCUAGGCCGAGAGGACAAGAGGAACUGGCUGAAGAAAGUGCUUCCGUUACCCAUCUCGAACAAGGUAAGGAACAACCGUCUUUGGACUAAAGAAAGCGGUCAUAUGCAAGAUUCUGGCGUGGUCAUUGUUGACAAAUGGAGGCAUUUUGUGCCACUGCUUCUCACGGCACGCUUGAACGGGAUUGAUCGCGAUAACAACAAAGAGACCGGAAAGAAAGGCGUGUAUGAGAUGGUAUACGAGACUUUCUGGCUAAGUUGGGAGAUGGCCGGAGUGCUCGACUACGCUUUCCAUAAUGGCUCCACUGGCAUAAUAGGCGUUCUGAAGCAAGAUGACAAGGACGAGACCGACAAGUCAAACGACUCUGGUGAGAAUGAUCAGAAUGAUCAGUUUCUGAGUGAGGUCGACCACGAACCACGAAAAGAGAGGGCCGAACAUACCCAAGCCGAAAACUAUACCUCAUGUUCACCUCAGCUGCUCCACCUCGAUACAGAGGACAAACCCCUCUGGCUCAAUGGUUGGAUUGCUAAGAACAAGUUUUCAGCACCUACGAAUCUCGCCAUCGACUCCUUCGAAGUCUUCUUGCAAGAACCGCCUAGGAAGGAUCCCUCGAACAAANAGGAAAUAUGGGACCUGAAGGAGAAUAAUGUUGCUUGUUUAAUAGCAGAUAGCUAUGCUAGGAUCUCCGAGAGGGAUAAGCAGACUCUAGAGAUGAUCAUCUCCUUUGCGCAAGAAUACGAUUGGGAAACG